AUGGAGUCUCGCUCAAAGUUUGCAUGCCUCAACAUUGAUGAUGAUUCCGAUGAGGAAUUCACCAGAGAGUUUGUACCAAUACAAAGCCUGCCUCGAAGGAAAGGUGUUCACGCCAUUGAGAAGAGGCCAAAAGCGAAGAAGGGAAAUAAGGAGAAGGUUGUGGAUCCAACAACGGGAUUAGUCGUGCAAGGAGUCGACGAGAAUUAUGCUUCAGAGCAAAAAUAUCGCGAGGAUCUGAAGCAGGCUUUGAGAGAAAGUUCUCAGAUGGCUGCCAAACAAAAUAAAACACCGAGUCCCGAGAAGGCCACUCCUCCUCCUGCUCCUCCUGUGGAAGUCAAAGAAGAGCAGAGUCCUUCUAUGAUCGAUAAAAUACUCGCUUCAAUCGAUGAAGAGUCUCGAAAACAGACCACGAAGUCAUCUCUGGAGGCGAUAAGGAUGCUGAUCCUCUCGUUAUUGCGUUGUAUAGAAGCAAGCUUACUGAAGCAGUGGAAGAAAUGUUAA